CACACAACGUUUAUAUUGUAUCCUUACCUCAGCAUGACCUGGCAGAACGUUCGGUAGAGUUGUCGGCUGAUAACCACUGCGAUGGAGUCACAAGUUCGUCAGCAGACACAGCCAAGGAUACUGAAAAGAGACCUGAAGAACAGUCCAUACAUUUUGGUGGCAGAAUUGGACUUCGGCACAACCUACUCGGGGUACGCAUUCUCAUCACGGCUGGAGUAUACCAAAAAUCCAUUGAAUAUCAGUACACUUGUAUGGCAAGCAGGAUCCGGAAAUCUCGCUUCCCUAAAGACCUCUACGUGCGUUCUGUUUAAACCAGACGAAAGUUUCGACACGUUUGGUUUUGAAGCCGAAGACAAGUACGCCAAGCUGAUAGACGACGAUAAGCACCAUGACUGGUUCUUUUUUAGACGCUUUAAGAUGUCACUUUAUGAGCAAAAGGAUAUCACCAGAUCCAUGAAAUUGUACGCACAAAAUCAGAAACCAAUGCUGGCAAUGAAAGUGUUUGCGGAGGCAGUAAAGUACCUGAAGGACCAUCUCCUUGGUACCUGUGAGAAGAGGGGGCUAGAAUUGCUGAUGUCUGACGUCAGAUGGGUCCUGACAGUGCCCGCUAUUUGGAAUGACCGGGCAAAACAAUUCAUGAGGGAAUGCGCUCAGCAGGCUGGUAUCCCAGGCUAUCAACUCGUUCUGUCGUUGGAAGCCGAGGCAGCUGCUAUGUUCUGUAAAUACCUACCGCUGAAAGACAUGUCUGUUGGAAAAGGGGGAGACAACCUGGUGGUGUUUCGACCUGGGUCGCGAUACAUGGUAGUGGAUGUUGGUGGAGGAACCGUUGAUAUCACUGUACACGAGGUGCUGCCAGGUCUGAAGCUGAAAGAGGUGUACAUGGCAAAUGGAGGGGACUGGGGCGGGACCAUGGUAGACAAGGAGUUUGAAAUGCUUCUUUCUGAAAUCUUGGGAGCUGAUGUGUUUAACGACUUCAAGCAAAAACAUGUUGCAGACUACCUGGAGCUACAAAGGUCUUUUGAAACUAAGAAAAGAUCAAUCUCAUCAGCGACUGAUGCAAAAAUUACGUUUACUCUCCCAAUCAGUCUGAUGGACACUUUUGCCGAUAUUCAUCCAAAUAAAACCGUCGAGGAAAGUAUAUCCUCUAACAAGAAGUAUUCAAAUAACCUCACAUGGAAGAUGGAUAGACUGCGAGUCAAGUCUGAGCUAGCUCAAACGAUGUUCCGACAAUCCGUCCAGAAGAUUAUUGACCACGUGGUAGAGCUGAUGAAACACCCAGAGGUAGAACAGGCUCAGGCCAUCCUCCUCGUCGGCGGAUACUCGGAAUGUCUUCUACUACAGACGGAAAUUUCCGCCAAGUUCCCGGACAAGCGUCUCGUCAUUCCACACGAGGCUGGCCUUGCUGUGCUGAAAGGUGCCGUCAUCAACGGUCAUGAGCUAGACACGAUCACGGAAAGGAUCAGUAGGUUUACAUAUGGCACAGAAUUAAUAGGUGAUAUAUUCAGUGUACAUGCACAGAAAGGACAGUCUCUUCCUGUAUGGAACAGUUUAGAAACCAAACAUUAUUAUGUCGUACACGCCUUUCAAACAGUGAUGCGGUUUAAUAUCUACAUUUCGCCCCACCCAUCGCCCAAGUAUGUUACUGACGAGGGUUGUGAGUGUAUUGGUUCACUUGUAAUUGAAAUGCCCGACACCAGCAAAGGGCUGAAUAGAGGAGCAGACGCCCAGUUUACAUUCGGUGGCGCGGAGAUAGAAGUCCAGGUCAAGGACAGAGAUUCGGCUGAGGAAAGAGUAGCUUACCUCAAUUUUCUUGGGUGAUAAUGUGAAUUAUAGGGUUCAAUAUUUAGCUAAAAUGUGUUGUAGUCUAGUGUUGUCCCUUAUUGUUUCUGAGAGUUUUAUUUAUUCUAACAUCACGUCAAAAUUAACAGACAUUAUAAAAAAACAAAUGAUUUUCGUUAAUAAUGAAAAAAUAAAGUUCAGUUUUUUAAAUCGGCCAUGGAUUGUAGACAAAUGGUCAUUACAUAAAUGUUCUCGGGGUAGCACUCGUCAUCAAUUUUACAGGACUAAGGUUAGAGCUGUGUUGAGUGUUACAUGUAUAUCAUAGUCUUCCUAUAACAUAGAAAAGCAGGUGACAAAGGGAGACAUUUACAUACAGUCCCUUUCUGGGUCUCGAAUUCAUUAACUACAUCACCAAACCCUUGAAAUAUCCAAAGCGCCUACCGUUACAUCACCCCGACCCGUUAGGUGUCAUAGGUCAUGCAUAUGAGGUCCUGACAGUGCACAGGUCUUUAAAGUUAGUGUCUUUAGUCACUUGUAUUUCUAUUAUUUAUCCAAUUAAUAAAUAAUGUAUCGUAUACAUUAGUGUAUUUUAAUCCGAUGGUUUAAGCUAUGAACUUUUAACUUAAAAUGUCUUUGUCUAAUGAGUAAUAAGUAUGUCUAAUUAUAUACACUAUAAAAGUUUACACUGUAAAUCAUCUACAGAGAUUCAACUUUUAGAAUUGUCUACACAGUUGUAGGUCACCAACAGUUCGUUAUGUCCAUACUUCUUUUAACUCGUAACUAAUAUUGUGUGCAUCACUCCACCUUAAUUCCAUUGUUUUAACCUCUGCUUUUCUUCAAGGAAUGAUUUCGAAAAAAAAUCAUGAUUUUAUCAAACAUAUCACGAGAAAUAUAAUAUAGGAGUGUAGGUAUCUGUCUAUUAAGUUUUGCUCAAGUUGCAUCAAUUGUUUAAUACUUAGUGUUUUAAAUGAAAUCUUACUGUUUUAUUUUCCAAAGAACUUCAAGAGAAAAAAUUAAAAUAUGAAUUAGCCACAUGUUACCGCAUCUAUUCGUCUGUAAUAUAACCUGAUUUGUGAUUUUGAAUCCAAAUUAUGUACCAAAAGGUUGACCAUUUCUAUCCUAUUCUACUUAUAUAUGAUGAGUUAUUUUCGUCAUCGCUUGCCAAUUUAUUAAUGAAGUGCCGAAUUGAAAUAAA